GCCCAGAGCGCAGAGCGCGCACGAGAGUUGCUGGGGAGCGUCAAACUCUCCGAGAGGAAAGUCGAGCUUGCCCUUUAAUAGAAGCGGAACCGCGCAAAAAAGUCUUGCUCCGUUUAGCGCGUGGAAGGAGCGUCCGGACGGAGCAGAACUGCAACUACCUUUUUACCCUCCAGUCUUUCUAAAAGCAUCUUCCUCUAUUUCUUAACGAUUCUCCACGUGAGUGGAGACCGACGAGUGAGGGAACAGUACUACUGUAACAGCGGUCGCGGCACAGUAUGUCAGGGCGGGUGCUGAGUUUUUUCUUGCUGCUCUGCAGCUGGAGCCUGACUGAGCUGCUCGUCGAAGCUUGUACCUGCGUCCCAGUUCAUCCCCAGGAUGCCUUCUGUAACUCCGACAUUGUUAUUCGAGCCAAGGUAGUGGGCAAGAAACUUAUGAAAGAUGGACCAUUUGGGACAAUGCAAUACACUGUCAAACAAAUGAAGAUGUACAGAGGUUUUGACAAGAUGCCACAUGUUCAAUACAUCUAUACUGAGGCUUCCGAAAGUCUUUGUGGAGUCAAGUUGGAGGUCAAUAAGUAUCAGUACAUGAUUACAGGUCGAGUUUAUGAUGGAAAGGUUUAUACUGGACUGUGUAAUCUGAAUGAAAAGUGGGAUCGAUUGACCUUGUCUCAGCGCAAAGGACUAAACCACCGUUACCAUCUAGGUUGUGGCUGCAAGAUUAAGCCCUGCUACUAUCUUCCUUGCUUUGUGACCUCCAAGAAUGAAUGCCUCUGGACAGACAUGCUUUCCAGCUUUGGCCAACCAGGGUACCAGUCAAAGCAUUAUGCUUGCAUCAAACACAAAGAUGGCUACUGCAGCUGGUAUAGAGGAUGGGCACCUCCUGAUAAAACCAUCAUCAAUGCAACUGACCCCUGAAAUUUUAUUUAUCUUUCUUUCCUGUUCUUUUCUUCCCAUGUGGCUGAGCAUUCUUUGGACACUAACGCAUAUUUGAUCAUGAUGGCAACCAUGAUAUUAGUGCCUGUUUCUUGCAAUUUUUAGCACUUCGAACUGUUGUGAUUUUUAAAUCUAUGCUGUCUUAACUCUUUUUUAAAAUUAUCUUUUAAAAAAUUGCUCUCAUCCCAUGUUGAUCAAAUAUUUAUCUGGUAUGUGAACAGAAGUUCCCAGAUAAUCAAGGGAGCUUUUGCUUAAAGUUUUUAUAGCACUAUACAUAUAGCAAUAUAUAUAUUUUUGUAGGAAAACAUAAAUCUCAAAAAUUUCCUGAUUAAAAUUCUAUUCCCUCCUCUUCAUUUCCUGUGCUGCUGUUUUAUUCUCACAUUCAGUUCUCAGAGCAGGUAGCUAUGAACACAGCCAGUUGUGAACCACAUAAUGAAGGGAUGCAAAGAAACUGAUCAUUCUUAUAGAGUAUGGAAUAUGGAGUAUUUGGGAAAAUUCUUUUGUAUGAAUUUAAAAGAUUGCAGACUUCAAUUAAAUGCCUGUCCAUUCCAAUAUGAAUGUAGAAAUUUCAUGGCAGUUCUAGGUUUGCACAUAAAAUAAAUUUCUUUAAAAACAUGAAAAUCAAUUAAAAUGAAGCUAACAUAUCUUCUAAAUGUGGAACAAACCUGUUGAGAACCAAAUCAACACCAGAUAUUUUUGUGGCUUUGAUGUGGAUGUAAAACUGCUUCUUCAAUAUUUGUUUUACACACAACUUUCUCAGAAUUUUGUGUAGAAGGGACAAAGUCAGAGCACAGGAGGAAAGAAACAACCCUCCCUGGGACAUAUUGAUAUAAGAAACCAGCUGCCCAAACAUUGCUUUUGCUGAACAAAAAUGUAUGUAGAUAUAAUGAUAUAAGCUAUUUUUGACAGGACACGAUUCUGUUUCAUGCUAUAAGUAAUAAAAAGGUUUAUGCUUUUGUUUCAAAGGAGCAACCAUUCACAUUCCAAAUCAUUAGUUACUAUUUUAUUUUUUAGUUCUAACGCUACUGUAGUUGCAGUAAAUUCUAAAGCAGUGAUAAUAAUCUGUUUUUAUUCCCUUCCCUGUAUGCUUGUUUUCCUUCUUGCCAUCAAAGAAAGAAAUAUUUUCAUGGUUCCUUAUCCUCUUUCCUUAAAAAUAUACAAUAGAAUGGUGUUAUAAAAGUGCCUUACUAUUGUAUGAAUACUGGUUCAGCCUGUACUUUGAAAAAAAUAUUUUUUCAUAGUUUUUCAUGAUAAAUUCUAUUAUAUAGGAAUCUUUUCAUAAUAUUUUAUUCUCCUGUGAAUACUGGCAAGGCAGUGAACAAUUGCUUAUUCAUAAUAUUUUCCUACUUGUUAAUAAUGUGUUUAUCAAUAGACACAGUGAAAAUAGAGAAGAUGGGUAGGGAAUAUAUUAAAACCUACUUUUCCUGACUUUAAUGGAAUUCUUAAAGAACUAGAUCUAUUAACUAAAAUAAUAUUUUUAGGGGAGACUAUUAUGUAUUCCACUGUUGGCUACAGUUAAAUAGCCCUAUGGUUUGAGCUCACUAUGCUUUCUAGCAGUAAGGAACUGGCUAUUCUGCUUUCACUACAGUCUUUAUUUCUGUUAUGAAAAGGUGUAAUAAAAAAUCUUUUAAAAUUAAUUUAAGAGCGAAGUUUCUAUUGGAGUUGGCAACUGCAUAAUUUACUGAGACUAGAGUGGGGUGAAGGUUAAUAGUUAAUACAAGCACAUGUUCUGUCCUUUUGUGCUAUUAUAAUUUGUCUUAACAUUACUUUCUGUCUUCAAUUCAUUCCUCCUAAGAAACAGAGCUGCCAUAAGUUCAAAAUUGUUCUAUAAUAAAACCAAAAAAUGCAUCCAGUUUUCUCCUCAGUUGAACUGAAUAAUUUGUUGUAACAGAGAUAUUAUCAGUAGAGCGUCCACAACACAAAAGAAAUGGCUGAGCAGGAGUGAGGACACUCAUACACAGAAAUCUAUAUUGCCCUAUUUCUAGAGAUAAACUUGAUUUAAGCUCAGAUCUUAAAGGCAAGAAGAAAGCAGCUGUAUCAUAUUUUGAUCUCUCAUUUCACUGAAUGGCAGCUCUAGAUCAUUAUUAUUUUCACUUAUUAAGGUCGUGCCUGAAUCGCCAUAAUACUGCAGUCAAAAACGGUGAAAAUAUCUUUUAUGCUAAGAAAAAACAUGUUUGUAUUCAGGUUGUAAUGUAUCUCUGUAUUUUAAGAAAUAAAUUAGCAUACCUUUCCAAUAAAAUAUAUUUCUCUAUGUAGGUGUUUAUUGUACACCACAGAAGAUAAAGUUAUUUGAGGAAGAGUGAUAGCUUAAUCAACAAUCCUCUUACAGGGUGGCUUGGUUCUUGGUUUUGUUUUAAUAAGGAGGCAAAAAAGAGAGGGGAAAAACCCAGCAAGAAAUACAUUUCUUUUGGGAUACCUGCAAUGUUUUCAGUGCUAAAACUUUACAAUAUUUUUUUUUAAAGAAAAGUGAGCCAUCUAGAGUUUGGUACAAGGUGGGUGGCUAUGUAAAUGUUUUAAGCAAACAAAAUACGGGGCUUUUUAUCAUUCCCAUUAUAUAGACUGUAAUGUGGGAUUUGAAAUGGUAGUCUGACUCGAGUGUGUUCAUCCAGCACACUAUUAGCAAGAUCCUUAGUUUUGUAUUUGAUGUAUGGGCCUGAGCCAUUAUUGUUAAAGUCAGCUGGUGUCUUUCCACUGAUUCCAGAAGUUAUAAGACCUGAUAUGUCUAAUUAUGAACUCAUCUGCAAAGGAUUCAAUCUAGCAUGUGUUUUUUUUCAGAAGGGAGUUGCAUUAAAUUUGAUGGAGGUUAUUCUCAGGAAAGCAUGCAUAUGACUGCAGAAUUAGGAUUUAAUUCUAUUUACAUCUUAGUAACAAACCCUACUGAUUCCAACUCUUUUGGGGGGGGGUAGAAACAGGCCUAGGAUCAAGAUGUAAAGAAUUGUUUUGUUUUUUGCAUUACCAUUGUUAGCCAUUAUGAACAUUAGAGUGGAAAUAAAUGCAAUCCAGGAGAAAACUCCUCCCCAAAAGGAAUGUACUUUUUGCUUAGUUUAGUAGCACUGUUGACAGUUUUCCUCCUUGUUUUGUUAUUUAUAAAUUUUAUAUUCAUUGAAUGUAUAUUGUCUUUUAAGAUAAUAAUGUUCACUUUUUAUAGUGUAUCUUUAUUCUAAACAAUAAAGUGUUUUAUUUCUUACCACAGAUA